UAGCCCCGCCCCCCACAUGGCAGAAAGGGGAGAUUUGCUGCCCUCACAGCUCCAGCUCUGCUCCCUGGCAAAUAUGGACAAAGGGAUCUCCUCUCUCAGGCUGGACUACGUCCAUUUCUCCCAGGCCGUCCGGGAUUCUCGAUUGUUAAGUUUCCCAUUGGUCAGACUGGUGCGGCUACAGGUUGAUUCGGGGGAAUAUGCGACUGAUAACUCAAUGGACAAGAGAACGGAACAGAUUCAACUUCAGAUUAAGACCUGCUGCAUUGAUGGGAAGAGACCAUGUGUUGGCGAUGGCAGAGACUGUUUGGCUCCUUAUAAAACAAUGGACCCUCAGAAGGACAAGGACAUGGAUUUAUCGUGUGAAAGAGAAACUUUGUUAAAGAAUAUCAGGAACUCACGUCCUUGUGUGCUCAGAACUAGCAAUAAACCUGAAGUGUAUCAACACAUUACACACUCGAGUGUAAAACCUACACAAAGACACUCAGUGGACGGCACGGUGAGACCUUUUGUCUGCACAACGUGUGAGAGACGAUUUUGCAUCAGGUUAGACCUUCUCGCACACAAACGUAUCCACGCCUCUAGGAAAUAUGUCUGUGCUGUGUGUGGGAAAGGUUUCUCAGAAAGGACGAUCCUCCUAGCGCACCAGUGGCUUCAUACUGGGGAGAAACCAUUCAGCUGCACUCAGUGUAAUGAAAGCUUUCUGUGGAGAAGAGACCUUUAUAAGCAUCAAGAUGUCCACCAAAAAGAGAGAGCACAUGUCUGUACUGUGUGCGGGAAAAGAUUUAAGAUCAAACUGACUCUGGUCCAGCACAUGAGAAUUCACACCAAAGAGAAGCCUUUCGGCUGUUCAGAGUGUGGCCAGUACUUCAGGUACAAGUCAAACCUUCACAGCCAUCAACAGAUCCACACUGGAGUGAAACCCUAUUCUUGUGCCGAAUGCGGGAAAAGCUUCUCCCAGAAGGGAAAUUUCCUUGGACAUUGUCGUAUUCACACAGGAGAGAAACGUUUCGGCUGUUCCGAGUGCGGAAAGAGGUUUCGAUUCAGGCACCACCUCCUGGAGCACCAGUAUAUUCACACGGGGGAGAAACCAUUUGCCUGUUCAGAGUGUGGGAAAUCCUUCAGAACGAAAGCAAAUCUUCACAGUCACCACCGUAUCCACACAGGAGAGAAACCCUUUGAGUGCGGAGAGUGUGGGAAAUGUUUCCGGAUAAAGACUAACCUUGAGUCACAUCGAUUAGUGCACUCUGGGACUAAAUCAUUUGAAUGCUCUGAGUGUGGGAGGCAAUUCAGUCGCAAGUACAGACUAAUUCAGCACCAGUUAAUUCACACCGGGGAGAAACCAUUUGAAUGUGCCACGUGUGGGAGACAGUUUAGUCGUAAAUUUACCCUCGAUAAGCACCAGUUAGUCCACACUGGGGAGAAACCCUAUGUCUGUACUGAGUGUGGAAUGGGCUACAAGGAUAAGAGGAGUCUGGUUGCUCAUCUUCGUACUCACACAGGAGAGGCAGGUAUUCCUUGUACUGAGUGUGGGAAAACCUUCCUAUCACAGAAAAACCUUAAUGUCCACAAACUUACGCACACUGGGUUGAAGCCUUUUGUCUGCAACGAGUGUGGGAAAUCUUUCUUACGGAAGUUGCAUUUUGAGACUCACAAGCUAAUGCAUGCUGGGAUAAAGCCUUUCGAAUGUACUGAGUGUGGAAAACAAUUUGUUCGCAAGCAGGCCCUCCAGAAUCACCAGUUAAACCACACUGGCCAGAAGCCCUUUGUCUGUACUGAGUGUGGGCAGGGGUACAAGAGCAAGUCAAGCCUUCAAAAUCACCUUCUCUGUCACACAGGGGAGAAACCAUUUGCAUGCACUGAGUGCGAAAGGAAAUUCCUAUUGGAGAGAACCCUAAAUAAUCACAAGCUAACACACACUGGCGAACAACGGUUUGCUUGCGGAGAGUGCGGGAGAAGAUUCUGUCGUAAAGACGCGCUCAAAAAGCACCAAUUAAUUCACACGGGGGAAAAACCCUAUGUGUGCUCUGAGUGCGGGAAAAGCUUUAAGGCCAGGAGCAGCCUCAAUGCUCAUCUACGGAUGCACACAGGAGAGGCCCCAUUUAAAUGCAGCGAGUGUGGGAAAACCUUUGCUACUGACAUGACACUCCGUAUUCACAACUUGACUCACACAGGGGAGAAACCCUUUGCCUGCGAGGAGUGCGGGAAAUGCUUCUCACAGAAGGGGAACCUGAACACUCACAAGCGCAUUCACACCGGGGAGAGGAAGUUUCCUUGCGAAGAAUGCGGCAAAAGCUUCUCCCGCAAAGAUUCUCUUCUUAUUCAUCAACGAAUUCACACUGGGGAGAAACCAUUCACAUGUCGCGAGUGUGAAGAACCUUUUUCCCGAAGGGAUCUCCUUCUGGCCCAUGAGCAGUCCCACACCAGGACAGAACCAUGUAAAUGCGAGGUGUGUGGGAAAACCUUCGAGAAUCAGAGUUACCUAAAGAGGCACGAGAAACGCCUUCAUGUGGGAGAGUGACGCCAAUGGGCGACUGGGGCU